GGAAGCCAGAGCAGAGAAGCUGAGAUUGUGAGAGCGACAAUCUGUCGGAUUCUCUUCAGCCUUUCAGCGUUUUGGACUUUUACCUCCUGCUUGAUUUUGGUCUGGACGCCUGUUAAAGGGAGAAGAUGAUCUGCAGGAUCCUGCUGCUCAUCAUCCUCAACUCAUGUCUCUGUGCAGCAACAUUUGUAGUGAAUGUGACACAGAGCUCCUAUCAGGCAGAGGAGAACCACAGCAUCACUCUGGAGUGGACCUUCACCACCACACCUGAUCCACCCUGGAGAGAUCUGUACAUCGACUGCUACUUGUUCACUCCUAGGAAAGAAUUAUUCCUUUAUCAGGUCCUUGAUGGUGUUGAGGUGUCAGAGUCUCAGGAUGAACAGUUUUCAGGACGAGUCCAGAGUGACAAAGACGUCCUAAGAGAAGGACGAAUCAGACUCCAUGUGUCCAGACUGAGGACUGAAGACUCUGGACGCUAUGUGUGUUAUGUGAAGACUGAUGAUGGAUCUGGUUCUGCAGGGACCAGCAUCACAGUCACUGAUCCAACAUCAGCCAAGAUGAUGACAACAGAACCGGUUGUUCCCAUGAACCUCAUCACUCCAGCCCCACAGAAUGUGACCAUCAGUACCGGACCCCGGUCCAGGCUGCCUCUGUGUUUUGCUGUUAUUUCCUUCUUUUCUCUGAGUUUAAUUUUCAUCUUCAUACUUAAGACAAACAACAAAUUUAAAGAGAAACUCCUGAGACAAGUCUCCACCUUGGAGUGUGGAUGCCUUGCUAAAGAGCAGGUCUGUGUUCAUGUAGAUGGGAGCUCCAUGAGGUCUUCUCUCCUGCAGCUUUCUGAGGGCUCGGAUUCAAACCAGCAACUGCAGCAUCAAGGAAAGCCUGGAGAAAAGCUGAGCCUUCAGUCAGAGGAGUAUGGAUGAGAUCAGCUCUGCAGUCGGUCUCCUCAGCAAAUGUUGGAGGACUUUAACCUAAAGGAGCAGAUGACCUGCUGCUUGUUUGACUCUGGACUCCGUUGUUGUUGUACUGGAGCGCCACCUUCUGGUCACUGCCAGACUCUACAGGAACCUUCAGACCAACACACAAUCAGAGGUUGUGGAUUUAUUUGCAGGAAGUAGACGGGCUAACUGCAACAUUUAUACAUUUCUUACCUUAGAAGAAAUGAAGUUUCUAAACAAAAGACCUGAGCAAAUACUUUUUUAGACGUAUAAAUGUCGAAGGACGCCUCCCUGGUGAGGUGUUCCGGGCACGUCCCACCAGG